CGAAGAACGGCUAGUUCCCGCCGCGAGGACAAGGACCGCUAGUACACCCUCUGCAAGAAAAAUACCAAGUGGCGCAGCAGCUGCUAGUGCUGGACAUGAUAUGGUGCCAAGUGGGCGACCAAGUGGGGACGAGACCAUUAACAAAGAGCAUUGCUGUCCGUCUCCUGGUCGCACCGGUGUUACUGGGGAUGUUGAACAGCAAGAAGUAGAAAGAGGCUUUGGCGGAAUUUCUUCAGGUGGUCAACAUGAUCGCGCUGGCACUGAACAGAAUUUCACACGACCGGCCCGCCACGACAACUCCUUGCUGCGUCAGAUAAUUCCUAUUCCUCCGAGAACUACAGCGGAGAACGAGAACCACACUGAGGAUCCUCUAUUUCGAGCGAAUAAACCCAGCGAACAUUUACACAUCAUUUCUCCGCGCCGGGGCGGCCGGGGACAUCAACAAACUGCCGGGGUUGUAGCAGGAGCACCAGCAGGUCUCCUGCAUGGGGCGCAGAACUACGACCACACUCCGCGGCCGGAGUCCGUAUCAGAGGGAAGACCGAACCUGAAAAAAAGUAGCAUUCUGUCGCUCGAGCACCGCGGCUUUGGAUCCUUUGGUCCUGCUACUUCAUCCUCUCAGCACCUUUUUGAACAAACAAAGGACCACGGUUUCUUCGGUGACACUACUGCUGCUCCCAGCACGGCGCUACCCAGUUGCGUCCUGUCCAGUGCUUGUGAUCAUGCCUUAAGUGAGUGCAAGCGGCGACGUACUUCGGAUGCGGACGCGGGGGCGGGCGCCGCAGCUGGUGGCACUACAGCCGCGACAUCGCAGGCAGCGUUUGGAUCCUCCACUACUUCGGCCGCCGCUGGGGUCGCUCCGCCGAUUCACUUCUGUCUUGGUGAGCACGUCGGGGACCACAACACGGGUCAUGUUCUGUUGCACCAGCACAUGCACAGAGGUGCUGCUGGUCCACCCCGUGGAACAACUCAAUCAUGCUCCACAUCCACAAUGUCGGCUCUGGGACACGAAAUGCACCAUAUGCACCUAUUUCGGGGCUGCUCUAGUGCCUCUCAUAAUUCCCUUCGAAACGAAUCCAAUGCGAUGUCACGCGACCUGUUCGGACUUAGUAGCACCGAUCCAGCACCCGGCGUUCACCUAGCUCUACAGCCGGCGGAUGAGAUUCAGAAUAGUGCGCUGCAGCUUCGUACUCCAUCACAACAGCAUCAGCACCAGCAACGUCCGGUCGCAACUUCCACUACUGUACCAAUACCACCAGCUGCGGAGCGGGGGCACCAGUCUGCUGAGGAUCAUUUGCAACUACAAGAUCUGUCCGAGGAACAGGAGCGUCGCCUGCUCGCGCGGAGCCGGUCACCGCUUGGGCAGCCAAAUGAUAAUCAUGCUUCACAGAGCACUAGAGAGCAAAAGUCUUUUCUCAAUACCGGGGCUAUUAUUCAUCAUGAUCUUCUUCCACAGAGUUCCUCAGAAAAGGUAGGGCCGCCACACCACCACGCGCCGGAUGAUCAUCAUCGCGCUGGCCACGAAGCAAGAGCUGCAGCGGCACCAGAGAAGAACUACAACUACCCGCCGAAAGGUGAACAUGCAGCUUAUGCUGACGCAGCUUCCGAAGUUGUAGAUGAGCAAUCGCAGGCAGACGUAGAGAUGUUACCGGCGGCCGCGUCUUCACCUGAACAGAUUCCUGGGGUGGAGGUUCAGGACGAGCCACAAGGACGGGAGGCGCUUGCUGCGAGUACGAACAAGGAUCAUGGGUGCCACUUGAUUUCAUCUCUGCGCCGCGCCGAUUAUUGCGCCCUCAACAUCGCUAGCGCUUCUUCUGGACACCCACCGAUGUUGGCUCACCCCGGCUUCCUGAUUUCAUGCAAAAAAAAUCGUGGUAAAAAUGUUAAUGAUCGUGGUGACAAGGUCGAUGAUCUGUCGUGCCAGCAGGGACAACAUAAUUUUCGUGCGCAGUCAUUCCCUGUCGAGGUCGAGCAGGACGCGGAUGUUGAUCUUGAAGCUCUCCGAGCUGUGUGUGCGGCAGCUGCACUUACUAGAAGUAAAUUGACGGACCGCGGCAAGAUGAAUGCCACGACGGAGGAAGGUCCUCCUGCUCGACCACGUUAUUCGCGACCUAUCAAAUGUAAAAAUGUCUGGGUCUGGAAGAUUGCAACUUGUUAUGCUAAAUCUGAAGCAUGCAAAAAUCUGUUUUGCAUGCUUGGGUUACCCGGUCGGCAGAGCCGAUCCACAACGAACGAAUGCUUACCAAAAGCUGUCCACUUUUGACCUACUCGAGAGGCAGUUUCUCAUGCAGGGUAGGCAUGAUGGAACUCGCACAGAAUCUGUCAUGCUAUGUCCUACAUGCCAGACCUUAUAUAUGGGUCAUGGAACACCUGCAUGACAAGUCUGGCACUCUUCCAGACCCAGACAUUUUUACAUUUGAUACGACCAGAGGAAGUACAAGUAGAAUGGGCCGCGAACAAGCAACUCUGGCUGAAUUCGUGGCAGUUUUUGGAUCAGCAGAUGGAUGCGAGAGCGGCCCGCCACUUUCCCACGAAGGACGACCACAGCCAUAACAUCAGGCCGCUGUAUAAGCUGCUCCGCUUCGGCCCCCAGCUGGUGCUUGGGGCCACCGCGUUGCCCGACAACGUACUGGCCCGGGAGGCCAAGGCGGAGAUGCGGCGGGGGCUACAUCGAGCCUUCCCCGCGCCGGGGCGGGAGCCGCUACAUCUGCAAAACCACGUCGCGA